AUGCAGGAGCCUAAAAGGAAGAAGGAGAAGUGGGUUUGUGGGCAGACUGGGGGACAGAAGGGUGACAUCACGGAGCCCAAUGUGGUCCAGGUCCGCGCCCACCUCCCAGAGUUUGCGUGUGCGACCGGAGUAGAAAGUGGGCUCGAGCUCAUCACAGACCUAGGGCCGCCUCUGCGACUUCCGCGUCCCGGCGGCGAACGGGUCCGGUCUCUAGGCAACUCCGGAAGUCCCGCCUUAUGCUCGGGAAGAGGCUGGGGGCGGUACCGAAAGUCUCUGGAGAACGGCCUAGCAACGGCUAGGCCUAGAGUCCUUAGCAACGGCCCGAGCGUGGGAGACGUUGGGCCACAGUUGGCGGGGGGACAUGGUGAGCGGCUGCUGCGAAGGGCUGGACGCGGGGGGGGGGACGCGACAAGGGACCGGGAGGCGGUGAGCGGGACAGGACACAAGAUCCCGCCGAGUGGAGCCCGGACGGUGCUGGUGGUACCUGCAGCGACUGCCCCAAGGCGCAGGUCCUUAGAGAGGCUGCUCGCAGGACUGGAGGAACAGGGGACACUUGGUGACGGGCAGGGCGACCAGAACCGCACACUGCUCCCGCCUGCCUCCCGCUGCCGCAAGCUGUCCCAGCCAUGGAAGGAACGCGCAGUGGAAGUCGAACUGACGGAGUCGCAGAAGCAGGAGAUCCGAGAGGCUUUUGGCUUGUUUGAUAUGGACGGCUCUGGCACCAUCAACGUCCGGGAGCUGAAGAUCGCCAUGCAGGCCCUAGGAUUUGAGCCCACGAAGGAGGAGCUCAGGACGCUGGAAGCUGAGCUCAACGUGGAAGGGAGCGGCUCCAUUCGCUUUGAGGACUUCCUCACCAUCAUGAGUGUGAAAGUGAGUCAGAAAGAUGAAAAGGAAGAAAUGCUGAAAGCUUUCAAGUUGUUUGACGAUGACUGCACUGGGACCAUCACCCUAACUAACAUCAAGAGGGUGGCUAAGGAGCUAGGGGAGAAGCUGACGGAGGAGGCAAUUCAGGAAAUGCUCAAUAAAGCCGAUUGUGAUGGGGAUGGAGAAAUAAAUGAGGAAGACUUUUUGAAACUGAUGAGGAAGACAUCUUUGUAUUAAUAGGGUUCUUUUUUCCUCCUUUCUGGA